AUGAUCUUACCCAAAAAUCAACUAUUAAAAAUUCCUAUGUACUUAUCAAGUACACAUGGAAUGUGGCCAAUAAUCUUCAUUAACAACAAGAAACUUAAACGCAUAUAUGACGUAUUUGCCUUUAUAUUGGCAUUUUAUUUUAUCGAGUACAUUGUAAGAGCUUAUUAUCAACUUACUGUACUCUUGAGAGCUGAUGUAUUAAACCUCGAAGAAAUCCUUGGUAAUUUGUGCAUCACUCUGAUUUAUACAGUAUCGAUGUUCCGAUUGAAGGCUUUCAAUUCCAAAAAAGUGAAAACUCUAUUUUUGAGCAUUAUUGAAACUGAAGAGCAAAUAAUGAACGAUUCUGAGGAUGAUGUUAAAAAAAUUUAUGAGUCGUUUUUGAAAGUGAAUUUUAUUUAUAAUCUGUUGUUUUUCUUCAACGGUUGGGUGGUAUCUGUUUUGUAUUUUGUACAUCCUUUUUUGGUCACCUUACCUACAAUGGAGCUCAAUAAUCAAACUGUUAUUGUAAGGAUUCUUCCUUUGUCCACAUGGUGGCCUAUUGAUGUACAAAAACACUAUUGGUUAGCAUAUUGUUGGAACAUAUUUGAUGGUACCCUAGGUAGUUCCUUCGUAAUCAACUCGGAUAUGCUUACUUUUACAUUGAUAGUUUUUGCUUUGAGUCAACUCAAUAUAUUGAGUCAUAAGUUGAGGAAGUUUACCAAAAAACAAAAUUUUGGCAAAAAUGAUCAGUUUCAUAGGGAUCAGUUUGUGAGUUUGAUUAAGGAACAUCAAAAGAUUAUUAACUAUAUUGAUACGUUUAAUGAUGCAAUGAAAAAUGUAAUGCUUUUCGACUUUUUGCAAUGCUCAGUUCAAUUGGCAACUAUCACUUUACAAUUGCUUGUUAGUCAGCAUUUGGCUCUAGAUAUUUGGAGCACCGAUUGGUACGUUCAACGCAAAGACAUCAAGCAAAUGAUUUGGAUAUUCAUAGCUCGUGCUCAAAGACCUUUGCAAUUUCUUAUAGGGCCUUUCGGUAGUAUGUCUUUGCAAACUUUUAUCGCAAUUCUAAAGGCCACUUAUUCUUACAUGAUGUUAUUCAUCAAUACCAGUGGUUAA